UUGACCCACCUAUAUGCAGAGUGGUAUCUCCAACUUUAAACCUUUGAGCUUCAGUGAAAGGAUUUGACAUCUCAAGCUUUGUCAAAUGACAUUCCUCCGGGGCAAAUUCUGACCACUGUCUGCUGGCUCUGAAAAUGUGAGAAGCGCGGUAAGUGGUCGUUGUAUGACCGACUGCGACCCACCCCUGGAAUGUGAGAGGUGACAGCCACGAGGCCAAUCCUACAACCGUCUUGCUUCUUACCUUGUGAGCAGUUUUUAGUCUCUUCAGACAUGAAAGACAGGAUGGAGGAGGCCCAGGAUGUGUCGGGGAGACAGGGGACGUGUACAGGAGUACUGCACACUGAUGUCGUCAUCAUAGGAAAUGGACCCUCGGGUAUCUGUUUGUCGUACCUGUUGUCAGGGAACUGGCCGUACGUGAAUAACCACCCCCAUCCCAACUCCAUCCUGGAGCGCAAGCUGCGAGAGAAUCCUGAAACAUCCAUACUCCAGCAGGACCUGCAGUACCUGUCAGAAGGGCUAGAGGGCAGGUCUAACAACCCGGUUGCCCUGCUGAUGGACACCCUGUGCCACCCCAACGCAGACCUGGGAAUGGAUGAGCCCUCCUGUCUGCAGUGGAACCACCACCCAGCCCGGAACAUUCCACAUGCCGUCCUGGGGAGGGGACUGCCUGGAGGGGCUUGGCAUAACAUGGAUGGCUCCAUGCUGACGCUCAGUCUGGGAAACUGGAUGGAACUUCCACAGAUGGACUUCAGACAGUGGGCUCAGCACCACAGAAGUGAGAAGCAGAAGAGGACUUGCAUGCGAUGUGGGCAAACUCACUGCGUUAGCUUGCCAAGAUCUGCGCACGGCGGGGUGAACUGUGCGCGGCAGGACCGGGCGUACGUGUCGGACGUGGCGCAGUACUACAGCGACUACGUGCGGCACAUGGGCCUGGAGAGGAACUUCCUUCCCGGCUCCACCGUCACGUCGGUCCGCCGGCUCGUGGUCGACUGCGCCUUCAUCAACCAGGAGAGCGGCGAACAGGAGGCCUCAUGUCAGCUGCAUCGGCCCGAGUGCUGCCGGACCAACAUGUGGGAGGUGCAGGGCGUCCUGCAAGUCGGCGACGCCCAGCAGCCGUUCUGUUACCACGCACCUCACGUCGUCAUGGCAACCGGAACCACCGACAUCCCCAACCGCCUCGACGUGAAGGUCGCGGACCAAAACAUCGUCGCGCACGACCUCAGGGAGAUCGAGAAAGCGAUCGCGAAUAAGGAACUCGACGAACACUCGGACCCGGUGAUGGUGGUGGGGGCGGGGCUGACCGCCGCGGACGCCGUCCUGUGCCUGCGCUCGUGCAAGGUCCCCGUGGUGCACGUGUUCCGCAGGGAUGCGAAGGACCCGGGCCUGAUCUUCCGGACGCUCCCGGACGGCUUGUACCCCGAGUACCACAAGGUGUACCAGAUGAUGAAGAGCAAGGACGGCUACCCCGGGUACAAGAGCUACCCCAAACACGAGAUCCUAGAGAUCAGGGCGGGCAGAAAAUGUGUCCUUAAGGGCCCCGUACGGAGAUGUCUCAUCGGAAGGAUCAUAGAAGGUUCGGAGAAGGUUGUCCAAGUCUCCAAAGUCCUUGUGCUCAUCGGUGCAAGGCCGAAUCUGUCUUUCUUGGGCAAUAACGGGAUGGACUUAGCAGUAGAUAGCACCAAACCGGUCUCGUGUAAGAAGAACCCAGUGGAUGUGGAUCCGUACACAUUUGAGAGCGCUAAGGCGCGGGGUUUGUACGCCGUAGGGCCGCUAGUGGGGGACAACUUUGUCAGGUUUGUGAAGGGAGGACCGUUGGGCAUCGCGAGUCAUUUGGUGAAAACGAUGACGGACACUAAUAACUUUUCCAAUAGGCUGUAAGAUGGCACUACAACUUAGAUGUGCCCCCGGAAAUUUGAUACCAUAGCUCCUUCAGGAAGGUUCCACAUCUUUGCUCCCAUCAGUUAGAUACCUUUCAAAAGUUAGAAGCUGGUGGGUUAUGCCAAAUGGCAGUUAUACCAGCUAUACACAGAUACAUACAAUGUAAUGUGGAAUCUCACCAACUUUUGCAAUAUAUAGUUACCAAAUUUUCUCAAUGUAUCUCUCUCAGCACCAGGUAAUGCAAACUUAUGCCAGUAAAAAGUGAGACCUUAAAAUUUAACUUGGUCCUUUGAGUCAAGCACUGCCAAGUGCAACUCUGUCCAUAGACGCUUUCCAAUAUUGUGUAAUGUGUUUCCGAAAGGCAACUGGCUUUACCAUGAAUGUUGUACAUAUUUGGCAUGGUUUUUGUCUUUAUCAUAUAAGUUUGUUUCUGUUGUCAGGUUUUCCCUUAAGUUUGCACUGGACCAGGUUUGGAAGAGUACAGAAUCCCGAUGUAAUGUUUGUGGAUGUUUUCCCUCAGGAUUGUACAAGGACAGACGAUCAGAACACCCAGAUGCCAGCCAGUAAUGUAAAUUUGAAACUUUCGGGGUGGUUUUGUUUUCGUGGUGACUUCUCUACUGUACUUUUCCAACGUAUGCCAGUACUGUACUACUUUACUGUUUCAACUGCAAAUUUGCAAAAAAUGGCCUUUUUCUUCCCACUGCUAAAGUAAAUGAAUUUACAGCAAUCACAGAAACUCUCAAGGUGCUUGUUCUGAUGAGUGUAGCACCUUGACUUGUAAAUGACUAUAAUUAUAAAUUAUCAAUGAUAAUAAUAUUUACACACUUGGUGGAAUUUGUGGCAUAUUUGAUCAUAUCAUAUCAUAUACUGAUAUAGUCCUACAAAUUAUAUCAUUAUGUAAUAUAAAGGUGUAGGUAAGAAUUGCUUGUCUGGUUUUACUUUCCUUGGUUGACAUUUUUAUUUGCCAGUACUAGUGUUCUUAUUUAGGACCAUAUUAUUGUACAAUGUACAUGUAUCUUUGGAAAGAUGGACAAAACUAUUGGUGUAUGAACUUGUAAUCAAAUUAAUAAAAAGUAAUGGGAUGCAAAGAUGUCUAUAUAAAGAUAAUGUGUACAUAUUAAAAUCCAGUGGAGACAAUCCAAAGAAAGAGAUAUAAUCAUGGAAGUGAUUUGUUGGAAAGAGCAUGAAUGAAAUUUUGACUAGCUGUUGUAUAGUUAGUACCUGUGACUUCUAGUACAAUAUUCAUACCCUACCACGGAUGCAUCUUUUGUAUACAAAGCUCAAAAAUUUCUACUACAUCUGAUCACUGAAAUGAACAUAGUAUGUGUUGUGAAGGUCAGAAUAAAAAUUUUCCUACACAAUUUUGUAUCAAAAA